UAAUGGCCUUCUGGAAUUCUACGCGUUUGGGCUCUUCUACUCAUUCCGGUUUAUCGCAGUAUAAGAAUGAGCAGAUAGCUAGCAUGUUGGGAUGCGCGUCUACACCUUCGCAGCUUCAGUUGGAAGCAAACGCUGUAAUCAAUAGUGGAUGGUGGAAUCUGUCGCAUAAAGAUUCAAAUCAUAUAUGUUCAUUGAUUGAUGAUAUAAGUUGCAAUGAUGCUGGAAGUGUAACUCGUAUCACAUAUCUGUAUACCAAGCGACGGAUUCAAUUAGCAACUCUAAACCUUUCCGCUUUCAAGAAUUUAGAAACUCUUGAGGUCUGUUACUCUAGUCUAGAAGGGACUAUCCCACCUGAAAUUGGCAGUAUUUCUAAACUAAGCCGUCUUCAUUUGUCUCACAAUUUUCUUCAAGGUAAAAUACCUUUCACAAUAGAAAAUCUUUUCAAUCUUACUUAUCUUGAUUUAUCUUACAAUUAUCUUCAAGGUAAAAUACCUACCACGAUAAGAAGUCUUUUCAAACUCACUCAUCUUGAUUUAUCCUUCAAUUUUCUUUCGGGUGAAAUAUGUCACAUAGAAAAUAUUUCUAAACUCACUCAUCUUUAUUUGUCCAAUAAUUCUCUUCAAGGCAAAAUACCUUUCACAGUAGAAAAUCUUCCCAAUCUCACUUAUGUUGAUUUGUCCCACAAUUAUUUUCAUGGGGAGAUCCCUAUUAAAAUAGGAAAUUUUUCCAAACUCAUAUAUCUUGAUUUAUCUUACAAUUCUCUUCAAGGUAAAAUACCUACCAUGAUAGGAAGUCUUUCCAAACUUACUCAUCUUAAAUUGUCUCACAAUUCUAUUUUUGGUGAGAUACCUCCUACAAUAGGAAAUCUUUCCAAACUCACUCAUCUUGAAUUGUCCCACAAUUCUAUUUUUG